GCAGUGAGGAGGAGCGGCGACGGCCGGAGAAACGGCGAGAGCGCGAGCCAUCUUCUUCGGGUGACGAGGCUCGCCGAGCUCGCGAGCGGAAGGUCAAGCCUGCCGAGAAGGAGAAGGAGAAGGUUCCGGAGGAGAAGCCGAAGAAAUCGAAGGCUCCGGAGGAAGAGCCACCAAAGAAGGUGGCGAAGGUAACGGAGGAAAAGCCGAAGAAGCCCAAGACCACCGAGGCAGAGGAGAAGCCGAAGAAGUCGAAGGCACCCGAGGAUCCUCCAAAGAAGGCGCCGAAGGUGGCCGAGGAGCCAAAGAAACCCGAGAAGGCGCCCGCCACCAAAGCAUCCACCAAGGCCGCCGAAGAGCCCAAGAAGACCUCCAAGGUCGCCGAAGAGCCCAAGAAAAGCUCCAAGGCAGCCGAGGAGCCCAAGAAGACUAAGGCUGCAGAAGAGCCCAAGAAGACAUCCAAGGCGGCGGAGGAGAAGCCCAAGAAGCCGAAGGCACCUGAGGAGGAGCCACCCAAGAAGACGACGAAGGCGGAGACUGAAGGAGCUUCCCUGGGCAGCCAGAAGUGUCUGCAGGCCACGGAAGGCAAGCCCAAGAAAUCCAAGGCGCCAGAGGCGGCAGACGACAAGCCGAAGAAGUCGAAAGCACCCGAGGAAGUGCCGAAGAAAGCAAGCAAGGUGGCAGAUGCGGCGAAGAAGCCCGAGAAGGAGAAGGAAAAGGCGACCGAGACGAAGAAGACGACCAAGGCGGCUGGGGAGACCAAGAAGACAACGAAGGCCCCUGCGAGCAAGGAGUCCAAGAAGAGGGAGGCGCCUGCAGAGGAGCCUCCGAAGGCCGCCGAGGAAGAGAAGCCGAAGAAGAAAAAGAAGCCCGCGGAG